AUGGCAGAGGAUGAGAUGGUUGGAUGGCAUCACCGACUCAAUGGACACGAGUGUGAGCAAGCUCCAGGAGAUGGUGAAGGACAGAAAAGCCUGACGUGCUGCAGUCCAUGGGGUCGCAAAGAGUCGGGCACAACUGAGCGACUGAACAACGACCAUAUUGAGACUCAAGGUCUAGUGGAAGUCAACUCGUCCACCAUCUUGGACCCACUUGGUGCUAGUCAGUUUCUGCCAUGUCCUCAGGCCAUGCCAUUCUUUCAAGGGCUGUGCCGUGUCUGCUCACCUCCUGUUUCAGUCCCCCCUGGGAUGGACACGGGGCUUGGCUGGAGAAGAGGACCAAAGGCCAGUCCCCUCCAGAUCCUCACACCUGGCUCAGGGAUGGUGAGGCAGUCCCCUGCUGACAUCAGACUCCUGUAG